ACAUCUGGUGGUUUGUGCGCAGACUGCAGACAUGUAAAGUAAUCUUCAGGGAAAUUGUUCAUCUGAACUGAUUCAGACGCUGAUUUCUUAGUUUUUCCAAAAGAUUUUGGUCAUAAAGGUAAAUCAGGAGAACGUCCACAAAUGGGAACCACUUGGUUUGUAGUUUGGUGUGUUUGGAUCUUGUGUCAGACCUCAGCUGCUGCAGAUGGGUCAUCAUGUGAACCUGGAUUUGAGUCAGAGCUGUUUAUAUUAAAAGUGAGCAGAAAGAACCUGAAGCCAGGCACAAGACUGGGCAAAGUUGGCUUCACUGACUGCACGACCCGCACAAGAUUUCUUUUCAGCACUGAUGACAGCCGGUUAGUUGUAGAGACUGAAGGAAUAAUAACUGUAAAGAGACAGGUUGUCCUUCAUGAGGGGAACCAGAACUUCUUGGUCCAUGCCUGGGAUUCACAAGGUCAGAAAAUGACUCUUCCUGUCAGGCUGCUGUAUCAAGAUCAUCAUUAUAUGAACAACCGUCUGGAUGCUGAAUUUCAUCAUGAGGCUCACAAACUCAGCAACCAUCAUGAUCACCUGGACUCUGCAAGUAAUCAGCAGAUCCCCAUCCUGGAUUUCCCCAAAUCUAAUCCAGGGCUGAAGAGGAGAAAGAGAGACUGGAUUAUCCCUCCUAUUAAUAUUCCUGAAAAUAGCAGAGGACCUUUUCCCCGGUUUCUUGCUGAGAUUCGCUCUAAUGAAGAUAAAGUGAAGAAGAUUCAUUACAGCAUCAGUGGUCCUGGAGCUGAUCAGAAUCCUGUUAAUCUCUUCACCAUGAACAGAACCACUGGUCAUCUGCAUGUCACACAGGAACUGGACAGAGAGAAAGUGGACAAGUACAUGCUUCAAGUCCAUUCUGUGGCAGAGGGAGGCGACGGAAAAGCAGAGAAGCCGAUGGAUGUUAUAAUCAAUAUAAUUGACCAGAAUGACAACAAACCUGUUUUCAGUCUGCCUGCCUAUAAUGGAGAAGUUUCAGAGGCCUCACAAAAAGGUUUUCAGGUGAUUCAGGUUGUGGCCACAGAUGCUGAUGAGCCAAAUACUGACAACUCUGCCAUCCAGUACCGCAUUGUCAGUCAGGAGCCAGAAGAGCCCGGUCCCACUAUGUUUACCAUCAACCCAAAAACUGGAGUCAUCAGAGUCAAUGAAGUUGGACUGGACCGAGAGAAAGUCCCUCAGUACACACUGAAGGUACAAGCAGCUGACAUGAAGGGAGAGGGUUUGACUGGAUUUACCAAAGUGAUUAUCAAAGUGACGGACCUCAACGAUCACGCUCCAGUCUUUACAGAGCCCUUUUAUACAGUCACAGUUGAAGAGAAUAAAGUAGAUGCUCUAGUUGUUAAGAUGCUGGUGACAGAUGGUGAUGAGCCUCAUACUCCUGCCUGGAAUGCAAAGUUCAGCAUCAUUGAUGGCGAUCCAGAAAAUCUGUUUACUGUGAAAACGGGAACAAACAAGCAAGAAGGAAUCAUCACUACUGCUAAGGGUCUGGACUUUGAGAGAACCAGUAAACACAUUCUACUGGUUUCAGUGGUGAAUGAGGCUCCUUUUGAUUCUUCUAUCUCAUUGGUUACUUCCACUGCUACAGUGGUGGUGACUGUGGAGGAUGUCAAUGAACCUCUGAUGUUUGAUCCAAAAGAGAAGCAUGUUUCCAAAAGUGAGGCCCUUGAUCUGAACAACACUGUGGUGCAGUACACAGCUUCUGAUCCAGACACUGGACGCAAACAGAGAAUCAUGUAUAAAAUACUCAAUGACCCAGCUGGCUGGCUUGACAUUGAUAAGGACACUGGUGUGAUAGCAGUGAGAAACCAAAUGGACAGAGAAUCCAUCUUUGUCAGGGAGGAUAAAUACACUGCUCUGAUUGGUGCAUAUGAUGAUAAUCAGAUCCAGGAUACAGCAACUGGAACUCUGGUUAUUCAUCUUCAGGACGUCAACGACAACCCCCCUACUAUUGAGGAACGCAAAUUCACAGUGUGCAGCAAGAUACCAGUUCCUCAGCUGCUGACUGUGACAGAUCGAGAUGGACCAGGCUUUACUUUUCCAUACAAUGUCAGCCUAAUUGGCUCUAUGAAGGCUAACUGGACUGCUAGGAUGACCAGCACCACAGGAACGGGAAUUAUCCUGACUUUAAACCAUGAGCUGGAGAUUGGAGAUUACACUGUGACAAUGAGCAUUGCAGACAACCAAGGUCUGUCUCAGGUCAGCACAGUCACAGCCAGAGUGUGUGACUGCAGUGGAGAAGACGCGAGUUGUCGGGAGAAAGAUGUUGGUGGCUCCAACCCGCCAGUCAUCCUGGGAAUACUGAAGGCCAUUGUGGUGCUGCUGAUCAUGCUGGGGCUGCCAUUGUUUCUCUUUGUGAGACGAAGGAGAGCAGAGGAGAAACCUGUUGAACUCAAAGAUCUCACCAUGGCAGAUGACAUGUUUGAGGAGGAGGAGAGGAAUGACAGAGAGGACAUUCAGGGAGGCGGUUCUGACCCACAAGACCCGGAAUACGAAUAUCUGGCUGAAGGGGUCCCACUUUCAGAAACUGCCUGAUAAUAAUGAACAAGACGAAAACUUACUGUAUGUUUGGUACAUUUAAAGAAAAUUGCUGCAUGUGUUUUAAAUAUGUCUAUAUUAACAUGUUGAACAUUUCGUGGUUGUUGGGAUAUUUUGUAAUUAACUGUUUUAGUUUAAUUUCAUUAAUUGUAAUGACAUCUUGUUGAGAGAUCAAGGAAGAUGUUUUCGAUUGUUCACUAUUUGGGCAGUUAGCUUUCUGAAAGCUUUUUAAAGGUGAAACUUUUAACAUUUGUUAUAUAUAUUUCCCCCCCCCCAAUACAUAGACUUAGUUUUCUACAUUGCUGGUGCUACUAAGCAAGCACUGAACAACAAAAAUGUUGUGCAAUCUUUGGUGUUUGGAAGUUUUAAAGUAAUCUUCAAAAUUCACCAUGUUUCUACUGUCUGGACAUAACGUUUUUGGAGAGGCUUGUUUGUAAAUAUAAAAGGGAAUCUGUGGAGGGAGCAAAAUAUUAGGGUGAUGGUAAAGAGGCAAUUCAGGAUUUGCCUCUUUACCAUCACUCAUGAUAAAUCAGCAAAACAUUCAAAAAAGAUGCAAAGCCUCUAUAACAAAGGGUUCAUUGCAUUAAUGCCAAUUUAAAAAAUUCUGUUAUAUAUUUAAAAUUUCUUCUACAGCUCAGACUCCCUUCCUUCGACACUAAGAUCAGCUGACCCAGUGGCUUCCUGUAUAGACCAAAUAUUUUUUAUUUGCUUUCUGUUUAAUUUUGCCUUGUUGAUUUUUGUUCUGUUUGUUGAAACACUUUGUGUUAAUUUUUCAAGGCACUAUAUAAAUAAAGUUUUAAGCAGGAACUUUAAGCAGACAAUUUUCAUUAGGCCUAUAUUUUCCAUUACUUUUUCAUUGGUCUGAUGAAUCAUAUUCUAGUCUAAAAUGUCAUCUCUGCAUCAGUUGUAAGCAGAAAAUCAUUAACAAAAAACAGGUUUGAAAGACGGGUCUUUGGAAUUAAUCUGCAGAAUGUGUUUCACUUAUUUGUUACUAAAAUAAAUGGACUAACAAAAAUAUAACUUAUUGAAAGUGACUGCAUGCACAACUAUAAGUAUGUGUUACAU